AUGCAGCUCUCGAUAGCCUUGGGAAGGCGGGGAUUCUUCUGCAUGAUCAUUGUUGCUAUCUUAGCCUUUGGAAUACACUACUAUAAUGCAUGCUAUGAUGCCGCUGUCCAUCUGUACAGUAUCAGCAAGCCUGUACGUCUGUACGAAUCAUACACUUAUGCGCCGAACAUUGAGCAUCCUUCCGGUGAUCUUCUAUGUUAUCCACAAGAUCCCAAAAUACGUACUCGCCUAGCACCAAAGAGGCCCCAUCUUUGCUAUCGAACACAGCUUCCAGCACCAUACUUAGCCCUAGCCUGCGAUUUCGAAGCUCACGACUACUGCAUGGGAUCCACCUGCAACUUUUGGUUUGAACACGUUAUGCAAGCCGCAGCCAACAACCCUGAAUCCGCCAACACAGCAGCCGCCAAAGACCCAGAACUAUCACUCAAAGUUAUCAACUCUAUGCUCAUCAGUGUAGAAGCCCGUUUCGUUACUAGUCUCAACCACCUGAGCUACGUUGCCAACGCGAAUAGUAGUAUCAAUCGCAACUGGGAGAAGGGCACAAUUGAGGCUGCUCUUCAAACAUGUCAAGUCCUGCUUUGGCACUGUGAUGAGAGCCGUGCUCGUAAUUUGAGGUCCAAAGAGGCUACAUGGAGUACUACGUACGAUCUGUUGAGCAAGAUGGAGAAGAGACUUAAACAGUACAGUAUAGAGAUGCGUUGCUGGGUCAAGAGCGUUCCGCUUUCUGCUUCGCACCACUGCAGGGAACUUAAGGUCGUGCUAGACAUUUUCAGGAUGCUUUUGUCUGAGUUUCAGCGUCGGUCAAAGUCUGGAACCGCCACAUGUCCCGACAAGAAGCGUGAGUUGCAGUUGGAUACCUACAAGGGAUAA